CUGGGGCAGCGGCUCGCCGCGGGGCGGGCCGAGGGCGGGCCGGGGGCGGGCACGCAGCUGGAGCCUGAGGUUGAGGCUCGGGCGCGCUCGGGCCCGGAUCCUGGCGGCCUGGGCGGCCGCACCAUGGACUCGGGGACCGAGGAGUACGAGCUCAACGGCGGCCUGCCGCCGGGCACACCCGGCUCCCCGGACGCCUCGCCGGCCCGCUGGGGCUGGAGGCACGGGCCCAUCAAUGUGAACCAUUAUGCCAACAAAAAGAGCGCGGCCGAGAGCAUGCUGGACAUCGCGCUGCUGAUGGCCAACGCGUCCCAGCUGAAGGCCGUCGUGGAACAGGGCCCCAGCUUCGCCUUCUACGUGCCCCUGGUGGUCCUCAUCUCCAUCUCCCUCGCGCUGCAGAUCGGCGUGGGGGUGCUGCUCAUCUUCCUCGUCAAGUACGACCUUAACAACCCGGCCAAGCACGCCAAGCUGGACUUCCUCAACAACUUGGCCACGGGCCUGGUGUUCAUCAUCGUGGUGGUCAACAUCUUCAUCACGGCCUUCGGGGUCCAGAAGCCCUUGACGGACAUGGCGCCCCAGCAAUAGGGCACCCAGGACCCUGGAUGCUGCCUGCCCUGCAACUCAGUCGCCCGACCCCAGGAGCUGCCGUAACUGUGAGGUGUCCACCUCCCUGCACGUGGCACUCCCCAGACUGCCAGAGCCCAGGCCGGCCUCAUCUGCACCAUGCCCCCGGACCAGCCCUUGCUCUGACUGCGACCAAGCGCCAUGCAGGAGGCCACUCUUUCUCGGCGGCUGUUGCCAGGAGGCAGCUCCCUCCUGGCACAUGGGGCUGGCCACAGUAGCCCAGAGGGUCAGAACUGGAUAGCCACAGAGACCUGUGCCCAGAGAAGGGUCUCGACCCACCCAAGGACACACAGCAGGUCCGUGGAUGGGCUGGACGAGGGACCAGGGCCAGCCUCUGUCUUAGAACAUUCCAGAAGGACAAGGAGAUGUCUCUCCUUCUCGCGAAGCACCAGCGUCCCCACCUCCCGUGGGCCCUGUCCGGGUUGCCAUGGUGACCCCAGCCUCUAUCCACUUCCUAACCCAGGGACCCUGCACAGCCAGAACUGCCUUUGGCCCUACUAAUGGUCACUGGCUCUGGUCUCAAGUGCCUGGGCUUGGUGGCCAUCAAGAGGGAGCCAGCCAGGCCUGCGAGGGCCACAGACCCUGUAUAUACCCCGCACCAGCAGUGACCAGGCAGAGCCCAGCCCCCUCCACGGGGGUCCCAGCACCCACUUUUCUAAUCAUGAAUGACCAAUAAAGCCCAUGCUCUUUGUCAGGCUCCA